UUGUCCUCCGCCUUCUUUUCUUAGCCUUCCCCCCAUAACUUUCGACAUCGUUCAUUCUUUUCGGAGUCAAGAUCUUCUAUGUGCCAUUUUUUCUCAAUUUCUUUCGUACUUUCUGGACUGCCAGAAACUGUUUGCACUCGAUAGCUGUGGUGGGAGAUCGAUCAAAGGGACAUAGUUAUCCGCACGGAUCAGAUCUACAAAUCUCUGGUUUUUGCAAAGCGUAAUUGGAUUUUUCGAUUUGAAUUUGACUCGCGUUUGGCUUCACAAAUUUGCUGCUACUUUCUUCAUCAGAAAAUAUGUGACAAGCGACAAAGCUGAGGAUUGAUUGGUUGCUUUGUUUGAAGAUCUUGAGAUUCAGUUGAUUUAUUUUGUUUGUGUUGCUGGAUUAUUUUGAUGACCAGGGUUUAGAGGAAGAACAGAGAUUUGAGAUCUGAAGUCUUUUCUGUAGAGUUUUUUUCACAGCCAAUUUGACACAGUGGGAAGAUUGGCUUCUGUUGAGGAUAUACUUCACAUUUACAUCAUUUAGAAAGAAAAGGCAGAGUCUGGCAUUAGGGUAUUGGCUGGUUUCUAUCUUUCUAUCAGGCAAUAUUUAUUAAAGAGGAUUACAUAGAUUGGAAUGCAUUUCAUAGUUUGAGCAAUUUUUAAGACAACUUGCUGCAUCGUUCUUCUUCAAGACAACAAUAAGAAAAUUGGUGUAGAUUGCCCGUCUAUUGCAUACAAAGAUUCAUAAAUGGCUGAUAUUGAGGGCGAAAAUGAUCCUGAAUGGGUCAAAAGGCUCAAGCAUCAGGGAUCUGUACGUCUUCUAGAUCUAGACAAUUGUCCCAAUGGCUGGGCCUCUCCUCCCGGGGACCGUUUCCGCGUGAGAGGACCUGAUUAUCUUACCUCUAAAACAAAGAUUGGUGGAGGGGAUUGGCUUCUUAAGCCUUUGGCUUUUGAUUGGCUUAAGGGCUCCUCCAAGAUUCAUGAAGUGUUGAAGCAUCCUAAUGGUCGAGUCAGGCGGGCUCUAGAAGAAGCCUGCAAGGGUUGUGAGGAUGACAAGAAACCUUUUGUUUGGGCCUUCAAUCUGCAAGUCCCCAGCAAGGAUAACCACACUGCAGUGGCAUAUUUUUACACUUAUGACCCUAUUCCCGAGGGAUCUCUCAUGGAUCAAUUUAUCAAAGGUGACGAUGCAUUCAGAAAGUCCCGCCUCAAGCUGAUUGCGAAUAUUGUCAAGGGACCUUGGAUUGUAAGAACAGCUGUUGGAGAACAGGCUAUAUGCAUUCUUGGUAGAGCUGUCUCUUGUAAGUAUUCACAGGGGGAAAAUUUUAUAGAGAUUGAUGUGGAUAUUGGUGCCUCUAUCAUUGCCAAUGCAAUUGUGCAUCUUGCGUUUGGGUAUAUUACAAGUUUGACUGUUGAUUUGGCAUUUUUAAUAGAAAGUCAGACGGAAGACGAACUUCCUGAGAGGAUAUUAGGAGCAGUUAGGUUUUCAGAGCUUGAUCCAGCUUCCGCCAAGUCUAUUGAACAUGUUCCAUACUCUGAUGGUUGUUCAGAGAAUGGAGAUUCUUCCCUUCCUUCGCAGGUUUGGUGGAAGUCAAUUGGGCAAGGAUUUUCACACAUGCUACAUCCAAAUGCAGUUGAUGGAACAGAUAAUGCUUCACCAGAUGUUAAGGUGGCUGAUUCCUCACAUAUAAAUGGGGUUGAUUCUGAUUCUUCACAUCAAAAUAAGGUUGAUUCUUCCAAUGUUAAUGGGAUGAACCAUAGUAAAGAAGAUAGUGAAAAGAUGUCCUAAGAUUCUUGGUCUUUUAGAAGUUUGCUUAAUUUUAGUACUGUUCUGCACUGUCUGCCUUCAAAAACUGGUGACAUUUCCUCCUUGUUUCUGCUUACAAGUGGUGCUAGACAAGGGAUUAGAGGAGCACAAGUUGCUUCUCUAUAACGGAGCAGAGGGAAUGGUAAACAGGAUGGAUGGGGGAGACACUUGGUGUAUUCACUGAUUUGCAGGAUGGUGAUGAAGGGAGACAUGGCACAAUUAUUUACAUUUCAAUCUGUACUGUUCUUUAUUUAGAAAGGAUACUCAUCCACUUAUUAUUUAUAAGUUUCAUUUGGUUUUUCUUAGCA